AUGACACAUACUCUGAGUUUUGUUAUCACUCUUCUGUUAGUGCUAACCUACGGUUCAUCUAUUACUUUCCAACAAGAUACACUUUCAACCAAGUGCUUUACUGAUGUUAGUUACAGUUCUCUCAAGAGUAAUGAUCUUAUUGUUGGAGUGAAGAGCUACUUUACUCUAUUUGUUUGGAGAUCAAAAUUUGGAAAUACAGCAACACAACAAGACGAGAAUGUAGCAACUGCCAGUGACAACAAGAAUCAAUUCAUAAGAGAAUGGAUUGAUAAAUUGGAGAAACCUCUUAUGGUAGGAGUUGAAUACAAAUACUUCAACUUGUUUGAAACUCUGAUUAGCACUCUUCACAUGGAUCAUUCCAAAUUGACCAUCAAGAAAAUAUAUUUAACUGAUGAGUUGUGCAGAGUGUCAAACUUGUACGAAGAAUUCGAUGCUCUCUUUCUUGAACCAUACAAAUUCACAUAUUUUGUUAGGAUUUACAGAGAGCACGACAUGAAGAGGACAUCAGCCAAGUACAUCAAUCCGAGUGACUUUUAUCCAUUCCAAAUGUUAGCUUCGAAUUUGACAAUAAUUGAUAGAAAAUCAUGCCCCUCAGAUGUUGAUAUUCAAUCAGACAUUUCAAAACACUAUUUAAAUUAUGAAGAGUUUAUGUAUUCUCUUGGUAAUUAUUCGUGCGAGCAUCGACCUGAUUAUUAUGACAAUCAACAUUUGAGAUUAUUGAGCGGAAUUUCAAAUUUUACAGAGAAUGAUAUUAUUCUCCUUCAGAACGUUACAGGAACAAGUCUGUCAUUCACAACACAAUAUUUGAAUGAAUUUUCGAGCGGCUCAAGCGUUCAUUCCAUUCAUUCAUUUAACUCUAGUGUACUAAAUCAGAUUCUUCUUCCCUCUUCAUGCCACUUUUGCUCGGCUACUCUGUGUCCAGAGUAUCAUAUCAAUAAUGAUGAGUUGUGGUCGAUAGGACAAGUUGGAGUUAUUUUGAUUUACUUUUUUGCCUUCUUCAUCAGUGGAAGUUUCAAGUCAAUGGUUUUCACACAACGUCUGGCACUUCCAUAUGCUCCAAUCCUCUCUUUUAUUGUAAUGAUAUUCUUCUCAAAGAAUGUUGCUUCCUACUGCUUUGUUGCUUUUCAUAUUGUUUCAUUACAGUUGAGCUUGUGGUACUUAUUAUUGUUCACCUUCACUGUUGCAAGAUUAGUCUACAUGAGAAACAUGUACAAAAUUGUAAAGAAUAGUACAAACAUUAAGAUUCACAAAAUUGUUGCAAGUCCCUCAUUUGGAUUGAUUAUUUCACUUGUUGUACUUCCAUCAAUUUCAACUUUCAUUACUUUUUAUGGAGCUGCCAUGUUUUUCAUUAAUAAUAAUCAAUUAGAUUUAUUCAGAAAUAUAUUCCUCAUGGUAUUCCUAUUUGGAGGAUGUUUAUUAGGACUAAUUUCAAUAUCAUUUGAUAUGUUUUACAACCGUAGAAAUAUUAAGGAGAAGGGAUUCUUGAAAUUCCUCUUCUUUGAUGACCCAUAUUUGGUGAGAUUGGAACUUAUAUUGUUAGUAAUGUUAUUACUAAUCGGAAUAUGGACUGUCAUUAUUUCAUUGCUGCCUUCAAGUUUAGUAGAUAUUAGUGGACGAUAUAUCAACUUUCUUGUUUCACUCUUCACAACACUGGCAUGUGGAGGAAAUGCACUGAUUGCAGAAUUGAUCAAAAAGCUAAUCUACCGUAAGAAAUUCAACACUGAAAAGGAUAGAUUGGAUCAUUUACUAUUGACAAAUCAGGAUCUUUACGAAUUAUUCAAGGAUUAUUGUUCUAAGGAAUUCUCUUUGGAGAAUAUCUUGUUUUUCGAAAAGUUGAAACAAGCAAGUUCUAAUUUUACUAGAGCCGAUUCAAAACUGAGUAAGGAAUUGAUUGAAGAGAUGGAGAAGGAUUUCUUUACACCAUACGGAAAAUACGAAUUGAAUAUUCCAGGCAAUGUUCGAAAGCAAAUUAUUGAACUAUUUCAAAAAUCCAAAUCAAAGGGAAAUUCCACUGAGGAACUUCUUAAAGAGGAAGAAACCAUUCUAGUUUCCCAAUUAAUGGACUUGAUAUAUAUCGAUUUGUUGUUAAAUCUAAAUGACACUUUCACUCGGUUACAAAGAACAAGAGAAUUCCAACGAUGGAAAGAAGUUUACACUCUCCAAUCCAAAAUGAGUGUUUCCGAAUAA